GCAGGUUCAGCAAGUAAGCGAACAGGUGGCCCAGAUGCAGGCCACGAGGCCCGAGAUGAUCCGAGCAGCGCCGGUUUGGAAAAUCCUUCGAGGCCUCGCCAGGCCGCUGAGGGGUGCAGCGGGAGAUUUCUAUGAUUUGAGCCAAACGACAACCCGCCUGAACGCUUUUUGGUCUCACAGCUGGCAUGGCUCGGCGAAGCACAAGAUUGCCACCAUAUUCUUCCUUCACAAGGCCAGUGCCGCCACGAUACUCGGGACCACGUCAGCUGUGAUCGCCGGUGUUCUCUAUGGACUGAAACUUCUGCCGGGCUUCGGUGCUGAGGGCCGCUCCUGCUGGUGGUGUGUGAUGACCGGUUCAUUGACAUACCUCUUGGUCCUGCUCUUCUGGCAGCCGAGAGAGCUGGUCUUUGUCGAUCGAGUUUGCAUUUCCCAGACAGACCCUGGUCUCCAAGCAGAGGGGCUUCUGAGCUUAGGAGCGAUGCUGAAGAGUUCCGACAGUAUGCUGGUGCUCUGGGAUCCCUCGUGGGCACGGCGCUUGUGGUGUGUCUUCGAGUUGGCCGCCUUCAUUCGUAGCCGGCCCGAGGGGUCGAAGCCUCACGUCGUUCUGCGACCGACGAUUCUGGGAUUCGCGAUUUUGGCAUUUGGCUUCUCCGCUGUUCUUGGCACUUUUUGCUACUACAGCCUGUUCCAUGUGUUUCCUGGCACACCUGUGUACUUCAUCAUGCUUCUGGCGCUGUUGCCUUUUGGUGUGGUAUUCUUCCUCAUCGCGAGCCUGGCCCGUGCAUAUUGCCGGUCUGUGACGACGAUGUGCCGCCAGAUAGGUGAGUUCCGCAUUGCAACAGCUGAGAGUUAUUGCUGCUCAACGGACCACAAGUCUGCGACUGGUGAGCCGAUGAUCUGCGACCGGCAGGUAAUCCAGCAAUGCAUCAACAUAUGGUUUGGUAGCGUCGAGGCUUUUGAGCGGCGCGUCCAGAACGAGGUGUGUGAUUUGCUGUCGCAUCAACUGGCGUAUCACAUGAUCUCCUACUGGCGGCUGUCCGAGGCGACUCCGAUCUGUUUUUGGAUGCUACUGGAUCAAUCAGCCGAGCGCUUGUACUCCGGAUUGCAGGAAGGCCAUAGUGGAAGCGAUUUUGGUGUGCAGCACCUCAUCCGCGGCAUCAUCUACUGGCUGGCGGUGGUUCCUUUUAUCUUCCGCGUUCUGCUUCGCGUAACAUGGAUGCUGCAGGCUCAGCCACCUUGCCACUUGCUCGACUGGUUCCUGUCCUUUCUCGUCCUCUUUGUCGGGGCGGCCCUUUUACUGUCAAUCAUCUUCCUGGACCUCUUCGGCGGCUUCUAUGCAUUUGUCUUCACAUCCAUCCCUCUGGCUCUCUUCACUUGGCGAUACCUGCCCGUGCCAAUUACUGUCGAACGCUGGGACGGCAACAACUUCGCUGCAGAGCGCAGGUUCGACUUCAUCCUCGGUGGUGAAUUCGUUCGACUUCGUUUGGACCUCAUCCCGGGAGCUUCCGGAGCAGUGGUCGUGGACUACGAACGAAAGGUGAAGUUGCAAGAGGUGUUGAACGACACGGAUGACCCGGCAGACAAGAGGGACACGCUGGAGGCGACGUACGAGAAGGUUGAGGCGGACGUCGCAAUGACUGUCGCCGACUGGCCGCCGGAGCUUGUGAGCAGCGUCACUGUCACGCAGAGCUUUGUCGAUGCUUGGAGCGACGCACUGCGUGCUGCGCUGGUGUUGCGACUGAGUCAACCACUAGGGGUUCACAUUGUGGGCUUUAUUGGACUUGCCACUGUGGAGAAUGAGGAGGAAGGCUACCAGGCCUUCCUCUGCGAACUACAGCGAAAUCCCACUCGCCAGAUGUUGCAACUGAUGCUCCGCGCGGUCUUUGCCUUUUUCGCAGUCGCCGCGAGCGCCAAGGAUUUCGACUUGAUUCUUUAUGGUGCGGAUGGCUGCGUGGGACACUUCGCGGCCCAGCACCUGGCAGUCCAGAAAAGUCUCACGUGGGCGAUUGCCGGCAGAAACGGGACGAAACUGGAGUCCCUCAAGGAGGACCUGAAGUCACUGGGAGACAUCUCCGAGCCCUCCAUCGUCGUGGCUUCACUAGAUGGGAAGAGUGAUCCAAAGGAGUGGGUGCAGCGCACGCGCGCAGUGAUCACAGCCGCCGGACCUUUCAGCAUUCACGGCGGGGAACUUCUUCUCAAGGCUUGCGCCGAGCUUGGGGUGAACUAUGCUGAUACCAGCGACGAGUUCUACUGGCAGCGCUGGAUGGUGGAUCGCUACGAUGCCGUAGCCAAGAAGUCUGGAGCACAGGUCGUACUGUCGAGCGGCUUCUGUGCGCUUGCCGGAGACCUUGGUGCACAGCUGGCGAUGACGGAGGUGGUGCAGAACGGCUCCGAGGUCAAGCUGGAUGCAUGGCUGGAAAAGUACAACGGAGGCGUGAGCGCUGGCGUUAUCAACACGGCAAAGGUCAUGAAGAACGUCAGCUACCCCAAGGCUUGGGACAGCGACCCGUACGUGCUGACCCCAAACAUCUCUGGCAGCUUGCGAAAGGACACGAAGGUGGAGGGCAUGGGCUACCCCUCUUACGUCUCGGGGGAGGGCCUCGUAGUUGCCAACAUCUUCGGGCCUUACGAUGCCCGACUGAUGCGCCGAAACUCGGAUGCGGAGCUUGUAGUCUGGGUCAGUACUCCGUGCCCCACGAAGUCCGUCUUUAAGGAUGGCUCCUGGGCCUACCGGUUCAAAGCCUCCUCGGGUGGACGCAGCUCGACCGUGCUGCUGUGUCUCGGCUGCCAGGGAAAAGGUGCCAGGGUGUACGCGCUCAGCCGGCGGCAUCUUCCCCCCGAUGGGAGCCUUCCAACCUGCGGUGAUGAAGUCGCGAUUGGAGUCGGUAGGCCUCCUGAAAGUGGAGCAUGUGAAGGAGGAUAUG